UAAUAUUUAUUUAGAGUUCCGUGAGUGGUACUAGUCGAACUGGAUCGCGAUAGCCGUGUACUUAUCGGUACCACAGGUUAAAUCUCGCUUUUAACUAGCUAGAUGGCAGAUAUGUUGUUUGAAAUUUUAGGACUUGUCCUCUGGUGUAUGCUAAUCAUUUUUUUAGUGCGAACGUGUUGUGGAAAGCGCACAAACGAUGGCAUGGUGAUAAACCCGACGCCGUUGGUCAUUACGUCGGAAGUCCAUCGUACUGCCACAGGAACGCAGAUAACACCUGCCGGCGACAACACUGGCGGAACGGCAGUUUAUCCUCCAAUGCCGACCACGUACCCGUCCAUGCCUGCACCUUUUCCUGCCCCUCAGCCAUACGCAGAUGCUCAGCAGUAUCUUACCCAGUCCGGCGCCGCAGUUUCUCCCAGCCACAUUCAGUUUCCGCCGCUCCCCCCGACGAUGCAACUACCUAUUUUCGGUUCUCCGUCCUCUGCCACCGUUCCCGAUAUAAAUCCGCCAAGCUACGACCAAGCGAUUACAAACGAUUACCCUUCGCAAGCACCUUACAAUCCGGACUUCAAGGGAGGAUAUUAAUGAGCGCUAUACU